AUGUUCGGUCUUGUGGUGCCGAUCGCGAUUGUCACGACGCUAGCUAUGUUGUGUAUCGACCGUCUUGGAUACGGCGAGUGGACUUUCGUGCCGUUCAACUUUUUCAAGUUCAACGUUCUAGAGGGUAAAGACAAGUUGUACGGCGAGCACCCAUGGAGUUGGUAUUUCUCGCAGGGCUAUCCGGCCAUUGUGGGCACCACGCUACCAAUUGCUAUCGCUGGAUAUCUCACUGUGCCGCCUUCGAAGAAAGACUUGGGCCGUGUGAUUUUGUGGGCGCUCUUCGUGUACAGCAAUGCUGCUCACAAAGAGUUUCGCUUCGUUCUACCUCUUCUCCCACCGGCUAUUGUGUAUUCUGGGUACUGCCUGCGCAAUCUCGAGCGCAAGCUGUACGUACAAUUUCGCGACAGAACACAGUGGAACUUGCUUCGACUCGCAGUAUUUUCAGUCAUCUUGCCGAAUGUGCUCACUGCCUACUACCUGUCACGAAGCCAUCAGCGUGCCCCCGUUGAGGUAAUGGACUAUCUGGCCGAUCGUAUCCAAGAAAACCCGGAGGCUUCGAUCCACUUUUGGACUCCUUGCCACGCUACGCCGUACUACAGUUAUCUGCAUCAAAACGUAUCGAUGUGGUUCCCAGACUGCUCACCAGCCAACCGUGAGCGAACCGACGGCUGCGAGUCGCACCAACUUGAGCGUGAUCCUCGGCGUUUCCUCACGAACCUCUACCAUUUGGAUGGUGUUGUUAGGGACUCUAUAUCCAUGGAACUCCCGACCUACGUCGUGACGUACUCCACCAUUGCUGCCAAGAUCAGACCGCUGCUAGCUAACACGCACUUUGUCGAGGCAGCCUCGUUCUUCCACAGCGACGUUAGUGGCGAUGCGGAUUCGUCCGAGGUCGUGUCGAAGAUGCUGGUGUACAAGCGCGAGUAG